GAAAAGUCUGCACGUCGCGAACACACCCUGUGUUUUUGUAAAUGUACAGCAGUCGCGCUCUGUGUUUAUGAGAGGAUAUUCUUUUAAAAUGCGUUUUGUAUACUAUAGGUGUAUAAAGGUAGAUGCAUAAAUGUAGUAUACUUGAAAAUAAAUAAAUAUAAAAAUGAACAAAAACAGCGAGUUUGUUAAAUGUAAUUUAUUCAAACUCCUGUAUUUUCUAUUGGUGAUACGGAAAAGCGUGUAGAGAAGCAGGUGCUGUUUUCUCCAGUGAGGAUUUGUCCAGUCAGUGAAAACUGAAUGGACCAAAGCGUAAGCCUUCUAAUAUCUGCAAAAAUAGCCAAACACAUCCCUAGCCUGUUGCCAUGUCCCUGGAAAUGAAAACAGACCUGACUAAUGACACCUGCCUGCAGACCCCUCUUCAGUUGAAUCCACAGUCUCUUCAUAAUGCCUUACUGGACCCUGAGAUCAGGAAAGACACAUCCCACAACGAGCACAGCGGCUACAAGGUGGACAAACAUGCCAAUAAUCAUGAGACUGAGCAAACCAACAAACCCACAAACGAGCAUGCCAAUGUCAAAUGGGUGAAGGAGGGCCAAAAUCAGCUGCAAAAAGCAGCAGUGACAGAGAAACAGGAUCAGAAUCACAAUCUACAGUUCCCUUCUGGGGAUAGCAAGCAGGACAAUGUAAAAGGUGAUGAGGCGGAAGCACCAGCCAAGGGAUUUCUACCCUUCUGCUCUAACUUGAAGCUAUCUGCUGAGAACCUGGCCAAAGAGCCAUGCAGUUUUGGUAGUUUACAGGGGCAUACUGUUAAGUUGGUGGGAGAAAAAAAUGCUGUCACAAUUUUGGAGAAAGAGUUGCAGAAGGAUGACAGAAAGAGUGCCUGCCUCUUUUUGGGGAUGAGGAACUCUGCCAGGGGUGAUGAGGACUGGACCACCCUCUCUCAGGACAGCACCUCCUAUAGCUCUUCUGAUGGAGACGCAGAUCACUUCUGGAAUUGCAACCCCUUUGAGACAGACACAGAUUUGCCAGCUGGAUGGAUGCGCAUUCGAGACACAUCUGGGACUUACUACUGGCAUGUCCCCACAGGAACUACGCAGUGGGAUCCCCCUUCCCUAGUUGGGGAGACAGGAAGAUCCUCUAGCACUUCACAGGAAACAUCACACACUGAGGAACAAAAUGAACUGCAGGCAGAUGAUGUGAUACCUGACCAUAGUUUGAGAGAGUCUGAAGGGGCAACAUUGCAAUAUGCUUCACUCAACCUCAGCAGUCUGUCUGAAGAGGAGAAGAUGAAGUCUUUCAGCAUUGACCAGGAAGCUAAGUGUUUUGCUGUUCGUUCUCUGGGCUGGGUAGAGAUGUCAGAAGAGGAACUGGUCCCUGGGAAAAUCAGUAUUUCAGUCAAUAACUGUAUCCGUCAGCUCUCCUACCACAAAUACAAUCUGCACAACACAGCUGGCAUCUGGGGAGAGGGGAUGGACAUGUUGCUGGUCCUGGAGAAUGAGUCCCUGAACCUGAGAGACACUGAUAGACAAACAUUGCUGCACACACAACCAAUUGUCUGCAUCCGAGUCUGGGGGGUGGGCAGAGAUAAUGGCCGGGACUUUGCAUAUGUUGCAAGGGAUAAUCUGACCCAUGGGUUGAAGUGCCACAUAUUCCGAUGUGAGACUCCAGCAAAGAACAUUGCCACAAGCCUGAAUGAGAUCUGCUCCAAGAUCAUGGCAGCGAGAAAGAGUUCAAAGUCCUGUCUGAACAGUCUCAACAUCGACCCCUCCAAACUUGUUGAAAUACCCUUCCAAGAAUUUCCUGUUCCAAAGAAUGACAUGGUUCAGCAGUUCCAGGUCCGAUAUCUGGGAAAUGUCCCAGUUGCUAAACCUGUAGGUAAGGGACUUAUAGGAAUGGAUAUUGUGAAUAGCGCUUUGGAGACGGCACUUAGCACCAAAGACAAACCUGAAUGGACACCAGUCAUGGUCAGUGUAGCAUCAGCUACAAUCACAGUCAUCGCUGAGGAGACAGAUGAGGUGCUUUGUGAGUGCCGGGUGAGAUUUCUCUCCUUUAUGGGUGUUGGAAAGGACGUCCACACGUUUGCCUUUGUUAUGGCAGAUGGUCCAGGAAACUUCAACUGCCACAUGUUUUGGUGUGAGCCCAAUGCAGCUAGCCUCUCCGAGGCAGUUCAAGCUGCGUGCAUGCUACGUUACCAGAAGUGUCUGGAUGCACGUCCCCCUGGAUCUGGCUCUUGUCUCCCAGCCCCUCCUGCUGGUUCAGUGGCAUGCCGUAUGGGAUCUAGUGUUAAAAAGGGAGUCCAGAACCUUCUAGACAGCUUUAAACAAAAACGGGCAGAUGCACAGACACCCUAGUCAGACCACUGAGGUGUAGGCAGUCGGGGACUUGCAGUGUUGCUUUCAAUUUACACUGUAAUGAUUUUGAACCCGACACGUCAUCUAUAACCAACAUGCUUCUUUCACACACUAAUCAACUGGCAUCAAGAACACGUCAGCUUGUCGUUUCAAGACUUCUUCAGUGUAGGGAUAUUGUGCUUCAGCAAUUUGUUUCUGAAAUCCUUUCACCUUUAAGACCAACACUUUCAGAUGCAUUUUUAGAUGAUAUUAACCUCUGCUGAUAGCAUACAUUGACAAACUUCCUUAACCCGUUCAAAUUUUUUUAAUUGGCCUCCAAUAUGAGCUUAGAAUGAAAGUGCACUUUGACCACAAAUGGUGAAAUAUUAUGCUGAAGAAAGCAGGGGCACUUCAGUGUAAUAAGUGCCAGACAAUGAAAACAGGUGAAAACCCUGAGGCAUCAGGUCAAUUCAACAAAACCUACUCGAAUAAAGAACAUU